CCCGAGCCCAACAAGCUCCAUCGUCGAAGGUGAUCGGUGUCGUUCACGGGGUGGCGUAUCUCAGUCCCAGCCCGCAACCGCACAUCUCCUACCAUCAAAUCCACUGGCGACGUGACAACUCUGUAAAGAUCGCCAGCCGGGACAGCACGGCGAAGGUCCAGUACCCCAACAGCCCCUACAAGGGACGCCUGGAGCUUUUUCCCAACAACACCCUAAAAAUCAGCCAGCUACGGAAAAACGACAGCAGCACGUACCAGGUGUACCUGGAGGAUGAGGCGGGCAAGGAGCACAUUGAACAGAUCCUCCUGACGGUGUACGAUCGGGUCCCGAAGCCUAGUGUGAAAGCCAAAGUGAUCGAGGAUGACCCGACGUGGUGCAGGGUCAACCUGGAAUGCUCAGUGGAGCUCGAAGGGGUGACCUACGAGUGGAUCCCCCCCACAAAGAUCCCACGGGAGGGUGUGGGUGCCGCUACGCAACGCAUCUUCUUCAACCCCUCGAGGGAAACCUACACCUGCAAAGUCAGCAACCCCGUCUCCUCCAACAGCGCCUCGCUGAUCUACACGCACCCUUGCUCCUGGACAGGUGAGUCCUCCGCUGCCGUAUCCUUCAUCACCACCAGCGUGCUGGUGACCCUGGGACGGCUCCUCCUCCUCCUCUUCUUCCUCCUCGCUCUGGCUUAA